AUGGCCUCUGAAGUAGUCGCUCUGGCUCGUCCACCCUUCGAGGGCGCAAACCAUCAUUUCUCCAUGGCGACAUUGAUGUCGAAUACCGAGCCUGUCGUCGUCUCCAACCUAUCUGGAAACACUAUCGCUAGAACCGAACCUCUUUCUAUAUUCAAAACUCAAAAACCCGACAGUCUGAGCUCCAUUGCCAGCGCUAGUCUUCACGUGUCGCGAUCGCGAGACCAACUACCGCCGAUGACAAGCCCAUCAGCAGCACCGGCGGAUCGGCCGGAGCACGAGAAGGAAGCUGAACGAAACAGCUCACAGGUCGCGCGGGAGGCCUUGGGCGCAAGUGAAAAGUCGCCAGGCGCCCCAAUCCACGAGCCUGCUGUUCACGCAUCCCCAGAACAGAUGCAAGUCGACUCACACGCGACCGAAUCACCAUCGGACCCAUACGGAUCAAACGAUCACCACCACAAUUCCCUUAUGCACUCUUCAACCGUCGCUAGCCCUGGUCCUAUCGAAGAAUCGACCUCGCAGGACGGAGAUCGACGCCCGCGCGAUGACACCGAGAUCGACCACGAUGGCAAAGCAUUCUCUUAUCCGAUGCCCACGGGCAACAUUAAUGAUCCGCGGCGUGGAUUGAGUCUACCUAAUGCUGGUUAUAACCGCGGCAGUCCUCGCUCGCCGUCUGCGAAGAAACACCGCUGUCCUUAUUGCGCCACGGAAUUUACCCGGCAACAUAAUCUCAAGAGCCACUUGCUCACGCAUAGUCAGGAGAAACCAUUCGUGUGUCAAACCUGCCAGUCACGUUUCCGCAGAUUACACGAUUUGAAGCGCCAUACAAAACUGCACACUGGCGAGCGACCUCAUAUCUGUCCCAAAUGCGGGCGUCGUUUUGCUCGAGGUGACGCGCUUGCUCGACACAACAAAGGACAGGGAGGAUGCGCAGGUCGACGCGCGAGUAUGGGCAGCUUUGCAGAUGAUGACUACGGGGAUGGCGGUGCUGGUCCGGAUGACAUGGAUGGGCUGAUGUAUACGGCUGAGCCAGAGCGCAUGGAUGAAGAAGAUGAGCGACGCUUGAUGCCGAGCAUUCGAAGACACGAGGCAGAUAACGUUGCUCGAUCUGAUUCACUCCAGUCUCGUCAGUCAAACACCUACCCGCCCAUUGCAGCUAGCCGUCCCAGCCAUCUCUUCCCACCCCCACCUAAUCACGGUGGCCCAGGCGCGUCAACAUCGACCUUGCAGGCUGCAAACAUGACUUUCCCACCGGCAGGCCAUACUUCUGGCUCUACCAUAUUCCCUGUAAACAACGUUAGUGACAGCCCAAAGCCGCUGUCCCCAGGUGCGCUGUCAUCGCAACAUGAUACUGCACCGCCACACCGUGCGCACUCCCCCAGUAUGGGUCAGUCCCUGCCACACCCGCAGCCCUCUUUUGGAAGAGGAAGUCAGUCAUCGAACCACGCGCCCGCCCUGGGCCUUCCCCUACCCCAACCGGGAGUACCUCAGCUUCCCCCGCCGCAGGGAAUGACCUCUCCCGAUGCUCGUUUUGGCUUGCAAGCGGCAGCUAAGCACACGCCUUCGCACAGCCACUCUAGUACCCACAGCAUAACUGCCCCCAAGGGACCUGAGGGGCUUGAAGUGAACUCAAAUGACGCUACCCAAGUUGAUAAACUUUGGUCGUACGUCCGAGGAAUGCACGAGGAGCUGAACGCCUUGCGUACUGAGGUUUCAACUCUACGGGCACACAUCGCCUCGUCCAACCUAUCGGCCCCCCCGGCCCCGGUGGAAGUGAACAUGAACAACACCGGGCCCCGGUGA